GACACAGUAACCUGCAGGAGGAGGACUCACAUGGUCCUGCCGCAGCCCAGCUCAGAGCAGCAGGACUCCCGUCAGCCCGUCUGUCACUCUCAGCUCGGCUUCAGUGUCUGCAGUGUUUAUCUCCACUCCUCUGUUUCCCCUUUUAUUUUUUAUUUUUUUUUUCCUCCCCUUCCCGCAUCCCUCCUCCCGCAGCCCAGUGUCGGACGGACUCGGGCCGGUAAAGCAGCGCCAUGGCUCGGGAGAACGGAGACACCGGCAGAGGGGAGACAUGGAAAAAACAAGUCGAUGAUAUCAAGAAGAUCUUUGAUUUUAAAGAAGUCUUGGGCACAGGGGCGUUUUCAGAGGUGGUCCUGGCCCAGGAGAAGCUGACCGGACGGAUGUUUGCAGUGAAGUGCAUCCCCAAAAAGGCUCUGAAGGGGAAAGAGAGCAGCAUCGAGAAUGAGAUUGCUGUACUGAGGAAGAUCAAGCAUGAGAACAUUGUGGCACUGGAGGACAUUUAUGAGAGUCCAGACCAUCUCUACCUGAUUAUGCAGCUUGUGUCCGGAGGCGAGCUGUUCGACCGAAUUGUUGAAAAAGGUUUCUACACAGAGAAGGACGCAAGCACGCUGAUCAGACAAGUUCUGGAUGCGGUGAACUACCUGCACAGGAUGGGAAUUGUCCACCGAGACCUGAAGCCAGAGAACUUGCUGUAUUUUAACCCCCAAGAUGAGUCAAAGAUCAUGAUCAGUGACUUUGGUCUUUCCAAGAUGGAGGGAAGUGGUGACGUCAUGUCCACCGCCUGCGGUACGCCAGGAUAUGUUGCUCCAGAGGUUCUUGCGCAGAAGCCAUACAGUAAGGCGGUGGACUGCUGGUCCAUUGGAGUGAUCGCCUACAUUCUGCUGUGCGGUUAUCCUCCAUUUUAUGAUGAAAACGACUCCAAGCUGUUUGAACAGAUCCUGAAAGCUGACUAUGAGUUUGACGCGCCGUACUGGGAUGACAUAUCGGACUCAGCCAAGGAUUUCAUCAGCAGACUGAUGGAAAAAGAUCCAGCCAAGCGUUUCACCUGUGAACAGGCGCUCAGACACCCCUGGAUUGCCGGGGAUACGGCUCUCUGCAAGAACAUCCAUGAGUCAGUGAGCCGGCAGAUCAGAAAGAACUUCGCCAAGAGCAAAUGGAGGCAAGCGUUCAAUGCCACGGCGGUGGUUCGACACAUGAGACGACUGCAGCUUGGCAGCAGCAUGGGCAGCAGCAUGGACGCCUCCAACCCCCCAAACAGGCAAAGUCAGGCACAGAAGCCACCCCAAGGCCAGACCCAGACAGGCCAGAACCAACCAGCGCAGGGCCAGAACCAACCAGCGCAGAGCCAGAACACCGGCCAGGCAGCACAGAGCCAGAGCACCAACACCGCCGCCAGCAAAAACUCUUCCACAGACAACAACGUUUCAGCUUCACGCAAGGAAUGUGUAACCACACCGGCCACGCCCUGCAGUCUGGCGUCUGCAGCCUCUUCUCCUGCGGCAGGGACGGAGCUGAACCGACCACACUCCUCGGCAGUUCCCGCCCCGGUGCUCACAGAGACCAAGUGACGCCAGGUCCCGCGGGGAACCAGCUGGGAGGCCACAGCGCUGUGAGGCCAAGAGACGGCAGAGAUGGAGGAGAACAGUAGAGGAAGAGGAUCACCUUUUCUUCAUCCCUUCCCUCUCCUCACUGCAUUUCCUCCAGAUGCGCCACCCAGCCAGUUCCCCGCCCUGCUCCUGGGAGAGCAGAGGACUGUACCUCCAUCCCACAGAUUCAAGCCACACAACGCCAUACUGUUCACCCACCAGGACGCCAUGUAGGAAUCCUGCCGCCGCCGCCGCCGCCGCAGCAGCAGCAGCAGCAGCAGCAUGGCCACUGACAGCCAGCUAUUUAAUGAUAAAUGGGCACGGACUGCUCUGAGGUUGAGCAGUGAUUGGUAGUUUGUGGUAGGGCUUGGGGGAUCAUAUUAUUCAAUGUCAGUCAACAUCAACUUCCCUCUUGAAUCUGGUCUUUCCUGCAACACUUUAUUUAGCUUUUUUUCAAUUUAGGUUUGACUGUUGGCAACUGGAUUGUUUUUAUUUUGUAUUAUUACUGUCGAUGUUAAAGGUGGUAUGUGUAAAUAUAAACAUAUUAUUGUCAAAUUAUUACUGCUCUUUUGGUAUAAAUACUGUAAAUAAAUACAACCAUAGUCAAGAGGAUUGCUCGCCUCUACCUCGCGCUACUUUGCAACUAUUUGCUAUGUUUUCUUCAUCUUAUAUUUCUCAUAUUCCUUUUUCGUUUGUCCUUCCACUUUUGUGUAGUGAAUCAGCAUGGAUAAGUUUGUUUUUUUGUUUUAUUCCACACUCCAAACAGUGAUGAUAACAUUUGUUUACAGUAAUUUUACUAAUGUUGCAUUCUAAUACGGCAAUGAUUUAGUCUAGGCGGAAAGAGUUACACAUAGCACCUUUAAGCUCUUUUAUAUGUCCUUAUGGGCUUGUUUGUUUGUUUGUUUGUGCUUUAAGAAGUGCUUUAAAAGUACCAUACGACUGUUGAGAUGUGGAAACAUGACUAAGCGCUUUAUCUAUUUUGCACAGAGAAGGUCAGACAUGUUCUCAGACACAGAUUAGCUGCCAUCUACCUAUGCUUAUCAGAGAGAGUAGAGAUUGUAAACUUCAUUUACAAAUAGUGGAUGUCAGACCAUUGUACCUAUUUAUUAUCUAAAAGUUUCCAAUUUCUUACUUUAUAAGGUUUAUAUAACAAUCACCCUUUAAGGGCCACACAUACAGGUUACACAAACAUGCAACAGGUUAAGGAUGGAUGUGAAGGUCUGUAUUUACUACAAAAAAAAACUGCCUCCAGUUCAGAAUGUUAGUAGAUAGAUGUUUGACUUCCCAAACUAAGAAGCCACAUGCAGGCGAUGCCGUUUCAAGGUGGCUUUAAUGUCUUAGAUAUCCAACUGCCUCCCACAUGAGGAUUAUUUGUCCCAUGUGGUGUCAAAAUCCAAGAUGGAGAAGCUGUUGCCUGCCGCUGUACUUUACUUCCCCCCCAUGAACGAAGCCAAGAUCUUCACCUUCUUGCACUGUCAAACUGCACCCAGUUCAGAAGUGCUCAGGGAAAUCUGCAGCUGCACUGUGCACUGGCAAAUGUUAGCUCCUUGAUAUAGUUUUUGUCUUCUGUCAGGCUUUAUGGCAUCACAUUUCAUGAUCCAGGUUUUUGAGGCAUUGGCUGCGUCCUGAUUCUAGUGUUGUCACGACUUGAAUGUUAAAGACUCAAACUUAGACUCAUAAUGCCCCACAAAGGAUUAGGUUUGGACUUACUCAGUGUAGAUUUAACUCUUUUGUCCCUUAGUGUACAUGAAAAUUGCGCCCAACCACCACAACAAAGCAGUCCAGUGUGUAGAAAAGACAGACACACACAAACUAGUAUUAGUUGUCUCAGUGAACAGAUCAGGAAGAGUGACUCAAGAAGUUCAAACUUCUGAACUCAACGCUUUUUUUUUUUUUUUUUUUUUACGUAUAACACCAAAUAUAAGCAACCAACUUCAAAAGCCAUUCCAUUAAUGCUUUUCAAACAGGAGGUUAAAAAUAUUCAAUUUCCUGGUUUUGUCAAACAUUGUGCGUCAGCAUAGUGUCCGUGUAAGACGGGAUACUGAUUUCAUUUGUUUUAUGAUGGUUCUCAAUCUUUACAAGAUCUGAGAAAACUUGAGUUUGGUCCGUGGUGGUAAUGGCCUUUGGGUGCUCAUUCAUGCAUAUCAGACUGUCAUGUCUUUGUUAAUGGAAAUCUGCUUAUCCCUUUAUUGUGAAUUGUAGCCAAAGAGUAGUUCUAGGUAUGUGGAUAUUUGGUUUGGUGUGUUUAGUGAAUUAAUUAAAUCCAAACUAGUCAGAUCUGAAGCUCUUAGACACAAAUGAAGUCAAACUAAGGGCUGAACUCCAGCUGCGACAUAUUUUGGAGGGAAAGUUACUGACAGUUAACUCCUUUCAGUUUCAGUUCAGCAUUUUUAUGAUCGUCAUUUCCUCUGAUAAGAGCAACUGAAGAAUAUCUAUAAAGUAUACAUGAUGCCUGUUUUAUGCCAGGUUGGUGUCACAAGUUAGUUAAAAAUGACAAAACAAGUUCAAGAAAGACAACACCUUAGCUGAGAUUUACUUCCCUAUUGCUCUAUUGUUUUAUAUAUUGAGCUUCUCUUACUGAAAUCUACUGAAAUCUGAAAUCUACUAAACACAAACCUGACAAUGAAUUGGUGAACAUUUCCUAUGCUUUCAUGUUCUCUAUUCUUUAGUACUUUUAAAUGUUGUUUUCAAGGACAGCUCCAGCUCACUGGAUUGUCCAGGUCUUUUUCUAUGUCCUCUCUUUGGAUUUUUUUAUAUACACAGUUUUCCUUUAAUGCUGCUAGUUGUUAUCUUUUUUCAUAUUGGGUUAUACUGCAUUUCCUCCACUCCCCAAAAUGAAAGUAAAUAUUUAGUUGAUCUAGGGAUAAAAGUAACCUGACAACUAGUUCCAGACUGCCUCAGAUGGCUCACAGUAUGUUAUGUGUACUCUGUAAAUGUAAUUUUUUUUAUUUUUUUUUUAUGUUGUAUUAAUAAGUAACAGAUUAAAUUAUAAAACCCCUCUAAUCACCAUUGAAUUGUCCUUUAGCAGAACAUCCUACUGACAUCAGCUCAUGGACACCUUUAGCUUCCACAGAUGCAGUGGGUUUAAUUCCUUUUAGCUUAAGCAGUUAAACAUAAAUGUCAGAGAAUUUGGAUAAAGUCAAGGUGCAUAUCAGCACCUACAGGCGGCAGGUACUCGUCCACCUGUUGACUUAGAACAUUGUUUGUAUGUUGUCCUUGCAGCCAACACAGUCCCAAUAAGGUUUUAUUAGCCUUAGCUUAGAGUAAAGAGUGUAAGUAAAUGUGCAUGUAUCGUAGCAUUCACAAAAUGCUAAGCUUUUAGUGUGAGUCACACCGUAUGGCUAUGCUAUUUCAGAAAAUCUAUUUAUUGCUGUUAUUCUAACUUUGUUUUUCUUUUUUUUUCCCCAUAGGAAAUUAAUUCAACUCUGACUCAUGUAAAUCUGCAUUACUGAAGGGAAGUUUUAACCAUUAAAGGGCUUUAUUCCAAUGAUCACCUUAAUCUGAUAAUGCAUUGUAACCAUGUAAUCCAUUGAUUGCUAUGCAUUUUUUAAGAAAACCUUUUUCAGCACAUUGUCAAUGCUCUUUCACAAUGGAAACAACAUCAGCAGCUACAGUUUAGUUUAGUUUUUUGGGGGAAAGACUUUAUGAAAUGGCUGAAGAAGAUACUUGAUCCCUGCAAGAGAAAAUUACAAUCAAUUAAAUAUUAAUUAUUAUUAUUGUUGUUGUUUUCAAUGAACUAAAUGUGAUUUACCUUCAGCCAACACUGUAAACUGUUGAUUUUCAUUAAGUGUGACUUUGUCCACUUCAGUCUGGACGUUUUAUGAAUGUGCUGUGAGGCAGGCGGAGGGUUCAGGUUCAUGCUCCUCUGUGGAUUUGUGUCUGCUAUUUUUGUUUUUUUUUACUGAAGGUUUUCAAAUGAGAGAGACGUAAUAUGUUUUCUGAAUGAUUUCUUUUUCCAUGUAAAAGAUACUACUGUAAAUAUAUUGUGGAUAUGAAUGAUCAUUUUCAAGAUAAUAUUUACGAAUGUUUUGCUGUUCAAGCAUGUGUGAGUGAAUGAGUGAGAGAGUGAGUCGAGGGAAGUUGAUUGUAUUCUCUAUGGAAUGUUUAAUGUAAAAAAAAAAAAAAAAGAGAAAAAAGCUAAAAUCCCCUUUAUUCCCACUGCAGUUUGCUUUCUUAUGCUGUCCAGCACUGUGUGACUGCCAUCUGCAGAGCUGCACAGUGCAGCUUAAUGCCAUCAGUGUUCCUCCACUACUUCAGUGUCAGUCCAACUACAAGCGAAGGCAUCGUUUACUGAACUCAGGCUUACGUUUUUGCCAUUCUAAAAGAAGAAAUCCAAAGCUGUGAUCAACUCAGAAACACACUGUUAUGGACGUGGUGCGUCUGCGAUUCACUUGUCCACUUUUUCCCCUUUUAGCUCACACAAGUUUGACCUUUUUUAAAGUCACUAAACAGAAGACGCAUCACCACAAAAGAUAACAUAAGCAUGUUGAGAAGAAUCCAACUUCACCAUGAGUGUCUGCAUUAUCUUAUAUGCCCUUGUAUGAUGUUAGUGUCUCUGUAUUAUGUAAAGACAUACAGGUUGAGUUACCCGGGUCCACUAAAAGGGUUUUUCAUAAUGGCAUAUUUCAAUGCAUUUUUAAAGGUUGAAAUAAAAUCAUUGUUGAUACCUUUAGAUACCUGGGAAAUGCAUGGAUGUAUUAAUAGAACUGGACAUAAUGUGUCUAGAUGGAGACCCAUUUACUCCAAUAAACAGUACAUUUGAGUAUAGUGAAGUUUUUCAUGCUUCAGUGCAAAAAUUGUGGCUCAUUUGAUGUGCAAUUUAGCAAAUUAUUGUUUACUGGGUUUUGAUCGGGGGUUUUUUGUUUGUUUGUUUGUUUUUUCAUUUUGAGUACCAAAACACUUAUGAUGUUAUAAAGCAUUAAAAAAUAUAUGCACAACAUUUAACCAGUGAUGCAAGUAAAGACAGUGAUGUAAAGACUGGGCUACACAAAUGCAGUCAACAAAAACAUGUUUCUGGUCAAAAUAGAAUGAAAAUGACUUAAUUAAUUAAUUAAUUAAUUAAUUAAUUAAUUAAAUAUAUGUGAACUUGAAAUAUUUCAUUAACUUACCUUUUCAGCUUUGUAUGGCUGUUGGAAAGUCAGUCAGGCUAAGAAGCUAACAUAGAUGCACUAGCUUUAUACAGGUUUGGCACUUUGUUUAGGGGCUCAAAAAGACAAAAUUUGCCACCCUCAUGUUCACAUAUUAAAGCACUUAUAGUAUUUGUGUACUUUUUCAACAAAGGUCGUUUUAAUUUUAAUGUUGAUUUCAUUGUGAUUUUGGCUUAACUGUAUUUUUGAUGUUUUGGGAGUACACAAGGAAGCAGGUUUACAUGAAAUGUUUGGAUUGUACUCGUUUGAUGCCAAAUUCAACCGAAGUUACAUCUUUAGCGUCGAUCGACUUAAAAAGUCACAAUGUUUUUGGUUUGUCAGUCAUUCUAACAUAAUUCAUUUGUGAAAACUAACAUUACCAGUGAGUUGUGCUUCUGAAGACUAAAGUCAUGCACAUGCUGCUUGUUGGGACCCGGUCUCUCCCUGUGGGUGUCAUUGUCCAGAGCCUGCUAACUUAGCUGGCUGUAUUUAUUCUCUGCAUGUGACCACAAACUCCCAUCCUGUGCACCGUCGUCACCAUGACGACAUCCUCAUGUUCUCAGAGCAGGCAUUGCCUGCUGUUCUUAUUGUGCUGUAAUGAUGAUGAUGAGGAUGGUGAGGAUGAUGAUUACUUUCUGUUAAUGGGGCUUGUAUAUCAGAUGCCUUUGACAAUCAUGUGCACAUAUCAGAGUUACCAUGACAACACAGCCCAGAGCGACUGAUUGUGUUUUGUUUGUCUUUCUCCUGGAAUAAAUCCUGAAUGAUCGUAA